AUGUAUCCAGAAUUACCGGAUAUUGAACCUUAUGAGUCUCAACUAGCAUUCGAAACUUUCCCUACCGUGGGAUUAACAAAGACAUACUGUAUAAAUGGACAAAUAGCUGACUCAUCUUGUACAGCCACCGCAUAUUUGUGUGGUGUGAAAGCCAACCGCGGAACCAUAGGCCUGUCCGGGGCCGUACCGCGCUAUGACUGGGCCGCUUCGUUGCAGGAAGCGGCGAGACUCAGUUCUAUAGCGGCGUGGGCUCUCGAUGACGGACGGGGUGCCGGUAUAGUGACGACCACGCGCGUUACUCACGCCUCACCAGCCGGGGCAUUCGCUAAAGUCGCUAACCGUCAUUGGGAAAAUAAUGCAGAAAUUCUUAAGGAUAAUCAGGAUCCAAACUUGUGCUCUGACAUCGCCCAACAGCUUGUGCACUCGUAUCCUGGAAACCGUUUUAAAGUAAUAUUGGGUGGAGGCAGACGAGAGUUUUUACCAAUUUCUAUUUUAGACGAAGAAGGUACUGCAGGUAGACGAACUGACGGCCGCAAUUUAAUUGAAGAAUGGCAAGCGGACAAGAGGGCCCGAAAUGUGACGUACAAUUAUGUGUGGAACCGCAAUCAACUAAUGAAUAUUAUAGAACCUCUGCCAGAGUACCUAUUAGGACUAUUUGAAGGCGAUCAUCUGCCAUACCAUCUUGAAGCCGAUUCCGCGACGGAGCCUUCACUCGCUGAGUUGACAGAGUUUGCAAUUCGAUCGUUAAGUCGUAAUGAAAAAGGAUUUUUCUUGUUUGUGGAAGGCGGACGAAUCGAUCAUGCGCACCAUGACAACCUGGCGGAACUAGCGCUAGACGAGACGCUGGAGAUGAGCGCGGCCGUGGCUCGCGCCGCCGAGCUGCUCUCCGAGGACGACUCGUUAAUUGUUGUGACGGCAGACCACGCACAUGUCAUGACGCUCAACGGCUACUCGCCGCGCGGCACCGACAUCCUCGGGCCCUCCAACGAUAGGGACGAGGCAGGCGUGCCUUACAUGACGCUCAGCUACAGCAACGGGCCAGGCUUCAGGCCGCACAUCAACGGCACACGUGCUGACGUCACGACUGAGCCUAACUACAGGCGAGUCGAGUGGAUGAGUCACGUAGACGUGCCGCUCGAGUCGGAAACGCACGGCGGCGAGGACGUGGCGGUGUUCGCGCGCGGGCCGCAGCACGCCAUGUUCGCGGGGCUGUACGAGCAGAGCCAGCUGCCGCACCUGAUGGCCUACGCCGCCUGCAUCGGCCCCGGCCUGCACGCCUGCAGCGCCGCCGCUACACAACUCCUGACUCCGGCGCUCCUGGCGGCGACAACUUAUUCCAUACUAUUAAAAAUUUAUAUUUUAUUUGAGUAAAUGAAAUUAUAACAUAAGUUAAUAAGAUUGUAAUUUCUUAACAAGUAACUAAAAAUGUAUGCUAUUUUUAACAUAUUAGAUAAAUAUAUUUAAUAAUAGC